AUGGACAGGUUACCAAACGUUAGGAAUGAAACAGAACUUAAAAAAUUUAUUGAUGAGUCAACAGAAAUUCUAAAGAAUGCAAAAUUUGAUAUUCGAGGGUGGACUUUUAAUGAAAAUAACGAUACGUAUGUUUCUAGCGUCAAUGAAAAAUUAGAAAAUAAGGUUAUCUCUAUUUUGGGUAUACAGUGGAAUUACCAAACUGACACUUUAGCGUGUGAUAUAAAAAAUUUAGACAGUGUUGACGAGAUUCCUAGAACAAAAAGAGGCAUUUUAUCUGCAACGCAGAGAGUUUUCGAUCCUAUUGGUUUCACUGCUCCAUUUACGUUAAUACCGAAAAUCUUAUUGCAAGAGACUUGGAGCUUGAAAUUGACGUGGGAUCAAAAAUUACCUGACGAUAUCAAAAAACGUUUCGAAAUUUGGUUAAAAAGUGUUAAGUGUCUCAAUUUUUGUAACAUACAUAGAUAUUUAGCAUAUCCAGAAGAAGAGAACCUAAUAAUAAAUAAAACUCUUCACGUUUUCGUUGACGCUAGUAAAUACUCUUAUGCCGCUUGCGUUUUUAUUAGGCUAGAAUUUCAAAAUUCUAUUUCAAUUAAACUUUUGUUAGCAAAAUCACGUUUAAGUCCAGUUAAAACGAUUACUCUCCCUAGGUUAGAAUUAAUGGCUGCUGUGAUAGGUGUUAGGUUAUUAGAAACUGUUAAAGAAGUAACAGACUUUACAGAGCUUAAAACGUACUACUGGAGUGAUUCGAUGGUUGUCUUAACCUGGAUUAAAACAAAGGGUCUUUGGAAUACUUUUGUAGGAAACCGGGUAAAAGAGAUUAAAAAAUAUUCUGCAGUAGAUCAGUGGCGCCACGUGCCAGGUGAUAUGAAUAUUGCAGACGUUUUAUCACGAGGAUGUAGCGGGAAACAACUUUUGGAAAAACAAUGGUGGAAGGGCCCUCAAUGGCUCAAAGAACCAGAAAACAUGUGGCCAAAAGGAGAAGUUAUUUAUGAUGUUUUAGAUGCAUCCAGCGCCCUUUUCAGUGGCGUAUCAGUCCAAAAUAAAUAA